AUGAACACCGUCGAAUCUAGCCACAACAACAACAUCCAAGAGAUGAAGGAAGAGAAUAUGGUCCUUGAGACAGAACGACUCGACGAUCUCGAUGCCACCAAGGCUGAAGCCAAUGGCUUCACUCCCCAGGAUGAGAAGCGCCUUGUCCGCAAACUCGACUUUUGGCUUCUUCCCCUCAUGAUGUUCACCUAUUUCCUGCAAAGCUACGACAAGGGAAUCAUGAGCGCAUCGACACAGUUCGGCUUCAACAGCGACCUGAAGCUGACCAGAAUCAUCGGCUACGAAGCAGAUGGGACGGCAAUCACGAACAAUCAGAAAUAUUCGAAUGCAUCAAUGAUUUUCUACAUUGGCUACCUGGUCGGCACCUACCCUAUGAUGUACCUAUCUCAACAUUAUCCUACAUCACGAGUCAUUGCUGGCGCAACAUUCCUUUGGGCUGCCGUCGUCAUGUCCACAGCCGGAUGCCACAACUAUGCUGGCAUCAUGGUCAACCGAUUCUUCCUCGGCUUCUUGGAGUCUACUGUCGCGCCAGCGUUCACGGUGCUUGUAACCUUCUGGUGGACCCGAGAGGAACAAGCCCUGCGAACGAGUCUCUGGUACUGUUGCGUCGGGGUGGCCACUACUCUUUCACCGCUGAUCAACUAUGGACUUGGACAAAUUCAUAGCUCGCUGAAGGCUUGGAAGCCAAUCUUCCUAAUCCUCGGCGUAAUCACGGUCUGCUGGUCAUUCGUACUUCUCUUCACCCUUCCCGAUAAUCCUUUGACUACCAAGCGGCUCAACGAGGUGGAGAGGAAGAUCGUCAUCAGCCGUCUGGAGCGAAACAAUGCCGGCACAGUCACACGAGAAUUCAACAAGGCUCAAUUCUUCGAGGCCUUCCGCGACUACAAGCUGUACAGCUGCACUCUGAUCAUUCUCCUAACUGGUGUCCCUUCUGGAGCGAUUGGCACAUUUGGCACUGUUGUCAUCAACGGCUUUGGCUUUUCUCACUUUGACUCCCUGGCACUGACCUGCCCAAUUGGUGCAAUCACGGCUCUGAGUAUCCUGUCGAUCGGCUAUGUGACGCGUAAAUGGAACAAUCUACGCUAUCUGUGCAUCAUCGUAUGCGCUCUGAUUUCCAUUGCCGGUACAGUGAUCGCUUGGACCGGUCCUCGAAGCAACCGAGGUCUCUUGUUCGCUGGCGUCUUCCUUAUUGCCGUUCAGGUUGCUGCGGGUGGUUUAGCUGUUUCCUUGGCAGCCUCAAACAUGGCUGGACAUACCAAAAAAGCUACUGUCAGUGCCACUACGUUUGUAGGUUAUUGCGUGGGCAAUGUGAUCGGGCCGGAGAUCUUCGGUGCAUCCCCGGGGCCUGUCUAUCACGCCGGGUUCAUGGGCAGCUGUAUCUGCCUGUGCUGUGUGGUGGUGAUUGCAGCCGUGACUUGGGUGUUACUGAGGAGAGAAAAUGCGAAGCGCAAUAGGGCCACGGGUGGGACUGUUCACUUGCACGGAGUCGACGAGGAUCUUUCGGAUCUUCAGACCAAGGACUUCAGAUACGUUUUGUAG